CCCGGCUUCCGGGCGGUUCCAUCCGUCCUGCCUUUAUUCGCUUCUUGUUCCUCGGGGGCAAAAGGAAGUCCAUGAGUCAGCGAAUCGCUCUAUAAGGCCCUCUCAGAUCGAUCUCUCAACUAAUUAUUUCCUCAUCGCUUGCCGAGGCCUGAGAAGCAGGCAUGGCCUUCGCCUUCUCCUCCAUUCUCCUCGCACUUCUCCUCGCCCCCUCUCUCCUCGUCCGCCCGUCCGCCGGCGAAUCGUUCGACGUCCGGCAGCACCUCUCCACCGUGUCCAGAUAUGGUGCUGCAAAAGACCCCAACAAUGCCAAUUUUGUGCCUUCUGCUAUACCAGAUGGAUGUAAAGCAGUCCACUUAAAUCUCGUGGCAAGGCAUGGAACCCGCUCUCCGACUAAAAAACGCAUCAAAGAGUUGGAUCAGUUGGCUAUUCGCUUGGAUACUCUUCUGAAUGAUGCAAGGGAGUCACAAAAAGGUUCUUCCUUGGAGAAAAUUCCAAAGUGGUUAUCAGGAUGGCAGUCCCCUUGGAAAGGAAGAGAGAAAGGUGGUGAGCUAAUUAGCAAAGGGGAAGACGAAUUAUACCAUCUUGGAAUUAGAGUGAGGGAAAUAUUUCCAGCAUUGUUUGAUGAGGAAUAUCACCCUGAUAUUUUCACAAUAAGGGCAACCCAGGUUCCUCGAGCUUCAGCUAGCGCUGUGGCAUUUGGCAUGGGGCUAUUUUCUGGGAAAGGAAGCCUUGGACCAGGGCAGCAUCGUGCUUUUUCUGUGCUAAGUGAGAGUCGUGCAAGUGACAUAUGUCUGCGUUUUUUUGACACUUGUCAAACUUACAAGGAAUUUAGGAGCAGUCAGGAGCCUGCUGUUGAAAAGCUCAAAGAACCGAUUUUGGAUGAAAUUACCUCUUCAUUAGUCACUCGUUUCCAGCUGAAUUUCACAAGACGGGAUGUUGCCUCCCUUUGGUUUCUUUGCAAGCAGGAAGCAUCCUUGUUGGAAAUUACUGAUCAAGCUUGUGCGCUGUUCAGUGCUUAUGAGGUUUCUUUACUUGAGUGGACAGAUGACUUGGAGGUAUUUGUACUAAAAGGUUAUGGUAAAGCCAUUAAUUAUCGCAUGGGAGUGCCAUUACUCCAAGAAGUUGUUCAAUCAAUGGAGCAAGCAAUCAUGGCUAAAGAAGUGACAUCACUAAGCUUCCAGAAAACCGCACCCCUGCAACUUUCGAGAAGGCAAGGCUCCGCUUUGCACAUGCUGAGACACUUGUACCCUUUACCUGUCUGCUCGGGCUCUUUCUUGAGGGAUCUGAAUUUGAGCAAAUACAAAGAGAGCAACCCUUAUGCCUGCCUCCGAAGCCUCCCCAGAAAAGAAAUUGGAGGGGCAGUAUUGUGGCACCUUUUUCUGGAAAUAAUAUGUUGGCUUUGUACCAGUGUCCUGGUAAUAAUUCUAGUGGCGUCAUGCUGUCUGGAGCUCACAGAAGCAAGUAUUUUGUGCAUGUUCUGCACAAUGAAAUCCCAACUCCCGUGCCAGGUUGUGGCAACAUGGAUUUUUGCCCAUUUGAGGUUUUCAAGGAAAGAGUUGUCAACCCCCAUUUAAAGCAUGACUUUCAUUCGGUCUGCAAUGUAAAGUUGGAAUUGCCAGGAGCCAAGAUAGAACAAAUGAAGUCUUGUUCCCUGAUUUGUAAGUUGUCAAAUUUAUUCCGUAAACUUUUCAUUCCGAAAAGAUCGAAUACAUACACCAAAAUCCAGAAGACGGAAUUGUGAUCCCGCAUUAAUCAUGAUUGGUACUUGCCUUAGUAGUCCCUGGAUAAAAGAUUUUUUCUCACUUUCACGGAGACGAUGCAAUUGUGCAAAAUCUGAUGGUUCUCACAAGCGAUCUGCUGGCUGUUACAGGACGCAGAGAGGCUAUCUAGGAGCAGUAGUUUUUUUUGUUGGUCAAGUCCUGAGACACCUUUUCAAUGUAACUCAGGAUGUACGAAUGAUCCUAGUGCUGGGGAGUUCAAUUUUUGUGUAAUGAAGCUACAAACCUUUAUGGUCCUCUCUACACUUGGAUUCCCAGUUGGGUGCCAUUAAUGUGUACUGAGUGCAUGCAUUCUGACAUGCAGCUAAUUUUUAUAUUUUACUACUAUUUUUUUCAUA